AUGUCCGCUGUGCCUUCCCUUCCUGAGGACACACCCUUGAUCGCGGGAAACAGCGUCAACAGCGAGACCACGCAGAACGCCGCCGCGGGGUUCAAACUUCACGAUGCACCAAUCGAGAACUUGAGGCCUAUGAAAGUCAUCGUGAUCGGGGCUGGAUAUUCAGGCAUCUAUCAUUCAAUACGAAUACCGGAGCGGCUUCGCAACGUUGAAUUGGUCGUGUAUGAGAAGAACGCGGGAGUAGGAGGCACCUGGUACGAGAACAGUUUGAACCAAACCACGAUUGGUCGGCGUUAUAUGCUCCGGCGCGCGAAAUCCCAAGCCUACCUCGAACGGACCGCGAAGAAAUACUCCGCUGACCGAUUCAUCAAGUUAUCGCAUGAAGUCAUCGAAUGCCGAUGGGAUGACACAAUCGCCAAGUGGAACGUGUCAGUCAAGAAUCUCACCACCGGCGAGAUCAUAAACGACCAGUCGGAUGUCUUGAUUAGCGCACGAGGAAAUUUGAACAAUCCUGCAUGGCCGAAUAUCGACGGCUUUGACACAUUCAAGGGUGAGGUGAUGCAUUCUGCAAAGUGGAACGAAGAGUACGACUUCACAAAUAAACGCAUCGCAGUUAUCGGCGCAGGCUCUUCCUCCAUUCAGAUUGUUCCCUCCCUCCAACGUAUCUCCGGGACACACGUCUCCACGUUCGUCCGAAGCAAAACCUGGAUUUCGCCUUCCUUUGGGCAAGCCCUUUGGGACAAACACGGCUUCGACGGCUUCAAGAUCCCACCAGACCUUCGCAAGCGAUUUGCGGAAGAUCCAGAGUAUUACGCACAAUUCCGGCUCGCGGUCGAGGCAGACGGCAAUGGCAUACACGCCGUGACAAUGAAAGGCACACCACUUCAAUUAGGUGGAAGGCAGAUGUUCGAAGAACACAUGAAGAAGCGCCUCGAAAGCACACCACAAAUAUUCGACGCACUCUUACCCUCCUUCUCCCCCGGCUGUAGACGCUUAACACCCGGCCCAGGCUACCUCGAGGCUCUCACGCAACCAAACGUCGCAUUUGUCACGUCGCCCAUAUCUAAGAUCUCCGAAAACGCUAUACAUACCGCUGAUGGCGGUACCCAUGAAAUCGACGCCCUCGUCUGCGCUACCGGCUUCCACGCCAAUACGUUUCCCCCCUUCCCCCUGACCGGUUCAAAAAAUUUGACGUUGAAGGAUAAAUGGUCCUCCCGCCCAACAAACUACCUCUCCCACUCCAUCUCCUCCUUCCCCAACCUCUUCACCAUGCUGGGCGCCAACUCCGCCAUCGGCUCCGGCAGCCUGACCACCAUGAUCGAAAACGUCGGCGACUACGUCAUUAAAGCCAUACGCAAAAUCCAGAAGGAAGACAUCGCCAGCAUGACUGUGAAGCCCGAGCGCGAAGAAGAUUUCACGGAGUAUGUGGAUGAGUAUUUCAAGGGAACAGUAUUUAGCGAAGAGUGUAAUAGUUGGUAUAAGAGCAAGCAGGAUGGAAGCAUAGUGGGGCUGUGGCCGGGAAGUACGCUGCAUUGUGUGGAGGCGAUGAGGAGUCCGAGAUGGGAGGAUUACGUGUACGUGUAUAGAGAUGAGCUUCCCGUCCAAAGCGAUCAACCCGAGGCAAGUACUGAUGAUACUGCGGUUGCGGAUGGAGAGAUUGGCGAUGCGGAGGGUAAGAGGAGGAGGAUUGAUAGUAUGGCUGUUGCGGAUGGGAGGCAGGGCGUGAAGAAGGGUACGAAGCGGAAGAGGGUGAAUCAGCUUAAGUGGUUGGGUAACGGGUGGAGUGUCAAUGAGGUUAAUGGGAAGGACUUGGCGUGGUAUCUUUACAAGGACUUCCUGCAGAAGCCUGUUGCGCCAAAGCCGGAAGAGAAUGAGGUGUUCAAGGCGAGGGCAUUUUCGUAUUAA